AAUCUUUAUUUUAUUAUAACUAAAAAAAUGGAAAAAAUUUGUGAAAUUGUACCUUCUCAAAAAGGAAUAGAUAAGAUUAAUGUCCGUGAUUAUUUAAUGGUGAAGGAACGAAGUUGGGAGGAUAAGUUCUAUUGGUGCUGUGAAAAAAGAAAAUCAAACGAAUGCAAAGAUCAUGCUACAACAAUACUUAUUAAUAAUUUAUAUCACCUUCAAAAAUUUAAUGAUCAUAAUCAUGCCCCACAAGCCAGCAGCGCCAAAGUUGCAUGA